UUUUAAACGCGCAAAAUCACUUCGAUAUUUCUCGAUCUUUCGAUAUUUAUAGAAAACAUUUAAAUAACAUCUUUCAUAAAAUUUUAGUAUAUUGUUUAAUCAAUACUUGAAAGAAAUAAAAUCAUAAAUAAAAAGUAAUAAUAAGAAGUAUAAAGAAUAAUACUUGGUGAAAGUUAGAUAAUAUUUCUCCAUCAUAUAAACCAGUUUUUUUCAGCAGUUGCUCAUAUAAUGAGCGCAACAGCCAAUCAGGAUGAGACUCAUAUGACAACACCAGAAUUAAUUACAGCCCAUGGUUAUACAUCAGAAACACAUCACAUUUGGACGAAAGAUGGAUAUUGUUUAGAUGUGCAUCGCGUUCUACCUCCAAAACUGAAUCAAAAUCCUAAUUAUAAUGUGAGUGAGAAUAAUAUGCAAAUUUUAAAUGAAAAAGAAAAAAUGGAGUAUAAAAGUCAUGCAGUCACAUUAAGAAAAUCAAUACCAGUCCUCAUUUAUCAUGGACUUCUGUCGAGUUCAGCUGAUUGGGUAUUAUUGGGUCCAAAAAAAGCUUUAGCAUAUCUUUUAUGUGACAAUGAUUAUGAUGUUUGGUUAGGAAAUGCAAGAGGCAAUGCAUAUUCAAGAAAACAUAAACAAUAUACAACUAGAGACAAGGAAUUUUGGGAUUUUAGCUGGCAUGAAAUUGGUUAUUAUGAUUUACCAGCAACAAUAGACUAUAUUUUAGAGCAUACUGGACAUACAGAGCUCUAUUAUGUGGGUUAUAGUCAAGGCACAACUGCAUUUUACGUAAUGGCUAGUGAAAAAUCAGAAUACAAUCGAAAAAUCAAAGGAAUGAUCAGUUUAGCACCAAUAGCCUUUCUUUCAAAUCAAAGAAGUCCAUUACUUAAAUUCAUUGUUCAUUUUUAUAGAUUAAUGGAGUGGGGCUCCUCUUAUUGCAAUAUACAUCAGUGGUUCCCCCACAAUAGGUUACAAGCACGAGCCUUGGGUACAAUAAUUCGAAAUGCUCCAGGCAGUUUUACUAAAGGUUUUUGUGUAUGCUGGUUCUCACUAAUUGCUGGAUUUGGUAGUGAUCAGCUAGACAAAUCUAUGUUGCCAUUAAUUUUGGGACAUUUUCCAGCUGGUGCUUCUGCAAAACAAAUUAUUCAUUAUAGCCAGAUUAUAUUAUCAGGGUCCUUUCGUAAGUUCGAUUAUGGUACAACAGAAAAUUUAAACAUUUAUGGAUCAACACAACCACCAAAAUAUGAUCUUGAAAAAAUAAAAACAUCAGUUGUAAUAUUUUAUAGUGAGAAUGAUUUCCUUACUGAUCCUGCAGAUGUAAAAAAGCUUACUGAUAGUCUGCCAAAUGUUAUAGAGACAAGAAAGAUCGAAUAUUCAAAAUUCAAUCAUAUUGAUUAUUUAUGGGGUAGAGAUGUCAGAAAAUCUCUCUAUAGUACUGUUCUAACAGUUUUAAGUAAAUUCAGAUAA